CUUCAACUCCUGACACUAUCACCAACCAUGUUUACGAUAAUAAUAAUUUAUAUCCAUUCAGUCAGAUGGUUCAUUCAUCACAAAAGAAUCAUUUUGUUCUCUUUUUUAAGUAUGCCGUUCCGUUACAAAAUUUUAUGAGGAUUGGACGAAAAGAGCGAGCCGUGAAAAAAAAAAGAGUAAAAUUUCUUGAAAGUAUGGGGGAGCCAGGAGCCAUAUAUAUAACUGGUGAGAUUUAUUAUUUUAUUUAAUUGGUAUCAACAGUUUUCGAUAUACCUUUCCUUUCUUUACAAGAUUAUCGAGUAAGGAUGAGUACCGUUACGAAGAAACCUUAUUAUGAGGCAUUGCCUACUGCUUUAAGUCCUUAUCAUUAUCAUUUAUCCAUUUCUGAUAUUGAUAUUAAGGAUGAAAAAUUCAAGGGAAAAGUCGAGAUUGAUUUAAAGAUUGUCGAAGAUACUGAUGAAUUACACUUGAAUUAUCGAGAUUUAAUCAUUUCAAAGGAAAAUAUCAAGGUUGAACUCGUCAAUGGUGAAACCGUAACUAUCAUUGAUAUCGAAUCAUUACAAGAAUUCAAACAAAAGGAAUUCUUUAUUGUUAAAUUCAAUCAACUUCUAAAAUCAUCUCCUGAUUCAUCCUUGAAAGUAACUUUGAAUUAUGAUGGGAUUGUUCAAACUAAUAUGGCAGGUUUUUAUAAAUCAAGUUAUGUUGAAAAUGGAGAAGAAAAAUUCAUGUUAUCAACUCAAUUUGAAGCUACUGAUGCAAGAAGAUGUUUCCCUUGUUUUGAUGAACCAUUAUUAAAAUCAACUUUUAAAGUUGAAAUUGAAAUCCCCGAUAAAUCUUGGAUUGCAUUAGGUAAUACUCCAGUUGAAUCAAUCACUAAACAUUCUACUACUGGUAAUGAAAUCUAUACAUUUGAAUUAACUCCAAUCAUGUCAACUUAUCUUUUAGCUUGGGCUGUGGGUGAAUUCGAAUAUAUCGAAUCAUUCACUGAAGACAUUUAUCAUGAUAACAAACCAUUACCAUGUAGAAUCUAUACCACAAAAGGAGGUGAUCAUCUUGAAAAUGCCAAAUUAGCUUCUGAAAUCACUCCCAAAAUUGUGGAUUAUUUCUCCAAGAUUUUCGAAAUUAAAUAUCCAUUACCUAAAUUAGAUUUAAUUGCCGUUCAUUCUUUCAGUCAUAACGCUAUGGAAAAUUGGGGUUUAAUCACUUAUAGAUCAACUGCUUUAUUAUAUUCCGAAACAAAAUCAGAUCCAUCCUAUAAACAAAAAGUCGCCUAUGUCGUGGCUCAUGAAUUAGCUCAUCAAUGGUUUGGUAAUUUAGUUACUAUGAAAUGGUGGGAUGAAUUAUGGCUUAAUGAAGGGUUUGCUACUUGGGUAGGUUAUAGUGCUGUUGAUUAUUUAUUCCCAGAAUGGGAUAUUUUCAGUGGUUUUGUAUCGGAAUCUUUACAACAAGCUUUAACUUUGGAUGGAUUAAGAAACUCUCAUCCUAUUGAAGUUCCAGUCAUUGAUGCGUUAGAUAUUGAUCAAGUUUUCGAUGCUAUUUCUUACUUAAAGGGGGCUUCGACUAUCCUUAUGAUUUCAAAUUAUUUAGGUAAAGAUCUUUUCUUAAAAGGGGUAGCCUUAUAUCUUAAUACUCAUAAAUAUGAUAAUGCCACUUCUCAUGAUUUAUGGAAUGCAAUUGGUCAAGUCUCCAAUAAACAAAUCGAUCAAAUUAUGAAUGAAUGGAUUAAAAAAAUCGGAUACCCAAUCAUUGACGUCUCAACUUCAACUUCCAACGAUUUAGUUUUAAAACAAUCAAGAUUCUUAAAUGGUGGUGAUGUCACUCCCGCUGAAAAUGAAACUAAAUGGUGGAUUCCAUUAAGUAUCGCCAGUGGUAAAGAUGUCGAUACAUCUAAUAUCAUUGAUUCAUUCGAAUCAGAAACUUUAAUCAUUGAUAAUUUCCCCUUAGUGUCUGAAUUCUUUAAAUUAAAUAAAGAUACUACUGGUGUUUAUCGUGUUAAUUAUUCGAACGAAAUCUUAGAAAAGAAUAUCUUACCUUUCUACUCUGAAUUAAGUGUUAGAGAUAAAGUGGGGUUAAUUGCUGAUUCAACCGCUACAUCCAUUGCUGGUAAUAACUCUACUGUUAGUCUUUUGAAAUUAAUUAAAUCUAUCAAACAUCAAUUAGGUGAUGAUUAUUCCGUGUGGUUGGAAUUAGGUAAGAAUUUAAAUAAGUUGUUGACGGUCUUCACUAAUGAUGAACUGUCACCCUUAUCAACAAAAUUAACUUCCUUUGUGAGAUCAGUAUAUGAAACUAAGGCUGAACAAUUGAUUUCUGAUUUCGGUUCAGAAACGAAAGAAGAUUUCUUAACUGUUAAAUUAAGAUCGGAUAUUUUAUCUCAUGCUGGAUUAUUAUCAAUUCCAAAAGUUGAAGCCUUUGCUCUUGAAUUAUUUGAACAAUGGACUACAACUGGUGAGAUUGAUCCAUCAUUAAGAUCAUUUGUUUUCUCUACUAUCGCCCAUUCAACUAAGUUCAAUGAAGAUCAAUUCAAUCUUAUCUUUAAAGAAAUCACUAAUCCAACUUCUUUAGAUUCAAGAGAAGUGGCCUUAAAUGCUUUAGGUCAUAUUAAUAAUAAGGAAUUAUCCACUAAAUUAAUCGCUAAUUUCUUAAAACCAGAAAUUAUCCCAAUCAUGGAUAGUCAUUAUUUAGGUAUUCCAUUAUCGAAAAACUCCUUAACUAAAGAAUCAUUCUUGGAUUUCUUUUUAACUAAUUAUGAUCAAUUAUAUAAAUUAAUGUCAACCAAUAUGGUGGUAUUGGAUAGAUUUAUAAGAUUCACUUUAGGAAAUUAUAAUAAGACUGAAAUUUAUAAUAAAAUUGAAAAUUUCUUUAAAGGGAAGGAUAUUCAUGGGUUUGAAAGAUCAUUAAAAUUGGUAUUGGAUGAUAUUAAAAUUAAUCAAAAUUGGUAUAAUAGAGAUAAAGAUGAAAUUGAAAAAUUUUUAUCCUAAGAAAUUUCUACAAAGUUUUUAUAAAGUUUGAUUUUUUUUAUAUGUACAACAAAAU